UAUUUCUUGUUAUUCCCCCUCUCUCUCUCUCUCUCUCUCUCUCUCUCUCCAUCCCCCUCUCUCUUUCUCCCUUACUAUCUGAGUGGUUGCUUUUAAGAGAAUGACAAAGCCAAAAUUCAGGCCUUGUCCUAUCUGCCAGGUUCUUCAGCAGGCCAACCGCAAAACCUGCAGUGCUUGUUUUGCCACACUACCAAGCAAGCGGUUAUUAAAAACUGAAAAAAUUAAUGAUGACUGGGGCCAGAAGGUCAUCAAAAACAAAAAUGCAUCUAGGGUGGUGGCCUCUGCCCAAAUAGCUGUCCAAAAACUUUUUGCCUUGGGCUAUAUGCCCAUAUUAUUUAUCAGCCAGAGGCACAAGGGCACAGGCAAGUUGAUGGCAGAUGUAAUCACGCAUCUGCCACCAACGCAAAACAACACACGCUUUUUAACAAGCAUGAAGAAGGCAUAUGACUUCCUGAUCAAAAUGAAUUAUGUGCCUCAGCCCCAGCAAGACCAGCCCCUCCAGCAAGACCAGCCCCUCCAGCAAGACCAGCCCCAGCAAGACCAGCCCCAGCAAGACCAGUCCCAGCAAGACCAGCCCCUCCAGCAAGACCAGCCCCUCCAGCAAGACCAGCCCCAGCAAGACCAGCCCCUUCAGCAAGACCAGCCCCAGCAAGACCAGUCCCAGCAAGACCAGCCCCUCCAGCAAGACCAGCCCCAGCAAGACCAGUCCCAGCAAGACCAGCCCCUCCAGCAAGACCAGCCCCUCCAGCAAGACCAGCCCCAGCAAGACCAGCCCCUCCAGCAAGACCAGCCCCAGCAAGACCAGUCCCAGCAAGACCAGCUCAUACUCCUAGACCAGCUCCAGCAAGAUCAGCCCCUCCACAUUGACCAGCCCCAGCAAUACCAGCCCCUCCACAUAGACCAGCCCCAGCAAGACCCUCCCCUCCACCUAGUCCAGCCCCAGAAAGACCAGCCCCUGCCCCUAGACCAGCUAUUCCCACAAGACCAGCCUACCCCAGCAGACCAACAAAUAAUUACAAUUGAAUUAUUUACGGUCGACUCUCAGGCUCAGCAGUAUGUGGAGCCUCUACCACCCAGGAAAAGACAAACCCCACUAUCCACCCCGGGGCUACCAUCCACCCUAGGCCAAAACAGACGAGCCCCACCAUCCAUCCAACCUCAACUAAAGAAAAGACAAACCCCACUAUCCACCCCAGGCCUACCACCCACCCUAGGCCAAGACAGACGAGCCCCACUAUCUAUCCAACCUCAACUAAAGAAAAGACAAACCACAGGUACAGGAGCCACACAAGCCCCACCCUCUACCCUGGCCAAAAAGAAGAAAACAAAAAGUUGCAAAUGCAGUCGACAGACAAUUUAUCCGUAUGAUAAAAUAUUGGAAAGACGGAUGAAUGAGGGGAAGGCAGCAGAGGUCAAAGUACGCUGGCUACCUUGUUCUUCCUGUGGCAGAGUCUGGGAGGACACCUGGGAGCCGGCCAGCAAAUUCGCCUGAUGACCAAUACUGUUGUGCUAUUUGUUUGUAUAUAUUUGUCGAUAAUUAAAUUCACAAUUUUUACAUUU